UCGGGGCGGAAGUGCCAUUCAGCAGCCGUUGCUGCCGAGGGUCUUUGCACGGAGCCUCCUGCCAAUCCUCGAGAAUAAUAGGCUGGAGACAAUGGUGACACGCAGCCUGACACACUGUCCUCAGGACGUGGUAACCUUCCCAGACGUGGCUGUGAGCUUCACCCCAGAGGAGUGGAUGUGCCUUGAUGCCUCUCAGAGAAAGCUCUACAGGGACGUGAUGCUGGAGACCUACCAGCACUUGCAGGUCAUCGGGCAUUCCAGGGUGAAGCCAGGACUGAUAACCUGGUUGGAAGGAGAAAUCCUGAGGCCAGGGAGGAGAGGCGUGUGUGCAGAUCUCAAACCACAGCUUCAGGAUGUGGCAUGGCUGCAAUUUGAUUUGGGAACAGGAUCACCAAAUGCAAGUGAGCUGGUAAGAUUCACACAUUGA